CGAGAACAAGAGCUGAAAAUUACGGAGCACCUGUCUACCAACAAAGUCAUGCCAACAAAAACCGAGCCUGGCAAUGGAUGGCCUGGGUGAGACUCAGUGGCGGAGCUCUGUUCAGGUGGACCCACUGGCGCGUCCUGCCCCUCCCCCUCGGUUGCCAAGCUCCCCAAUGGGCGACCUCUCGAGACUGCUUCUACCGACCAAACCCAACAUACAGGCCCAAGGGAGUAGGAAAGCUAUAAAGCUGCUGUAUGCCCCGGCUCUCCAGACCUCAUCACAUCUACUUAAUUGCAGUUGCGGUAAUAGCUAUUGUGCUCAGUAUCCUCAUUGGCCCCAGAAGUUCUUCCCUUCUGAAGUUCCACACGAGACUCCCAUUUCCGUUUCCUUGGACGACAUCAACAUCACAAACAACAACAAUGGGCGGCGGACCUACGGACGGCUACCGUUCGGUGGCAUACUUUGUAAACUGGGCCAUCUACGCCCGCAAGCACCGGCCCCAGGAUCUGCCCGUCGAGAGGCUGACCCACGUGCUGUACGCCUUCGCCAACGUGCGGCCCGAGUCGGGCGAGGUGUACAUGACGGACUCGUGGGCCGACACGGACAUCCACUGGGAGGGCGACAGCUGGAACGACACGGGCACCAACUUGUACGGCUGCCUGAAGCAGCUCAACCUGCUCAAGCGCCGCAACCGCAACCUCAAGGUCCUGCUGUCCAUCGGCGGCUGGACGUACAGUAGCAACUUCAGGCAGCCGGCCUCGACGCCCGAGGGUAGACAGAAGUUUGCCACAUCGGCAGUAGACCUGCUCUCCAACCUUGGUUUCGACGGUCUCGACAUCGACUGGGAGUACCCGCAGAACGCGGCCGAGGCGGCCGACUUCGUCUCGCUGCUGGCCGAGGUGCGGGGCGCCCUGGACAAGCACGCGGCCAAGGUGUCGGCGACGAGCCCGCCGCACUUCCUGCUGACGGUCGCCAGCCCGGCGGGCGCGCAGAACUACGAGAAGCUCGACAUGGCCGGCAUGGACCGCUACCUCGACUUCUGGAACCUGAUGGCCUACGACUACGCCGGCUCGUGGGACCGCGUGGCCGCCCACCAGGCCAACCUGUACCCCUGCCAGACCCACGCCGGCAGCUGCAGCCCCUUCUCGACCGACGCCGCCGUGCGCGCCUACAUCGACCGCGGCGUGCCGCCCGGCAAGAUCGUCGUGGGCAUGCCCCUGUACGGCCGCUCGUUCGAGAACACCGACGGGCUGGGCAAGCCGUUCAGCGGCGUGGGCGAGGGCACGUGGGAGAACGGCGUGCACGACUACAAGAAGCUGCCGCUCGAGGGUGCUGAGGUCCGGGUGGACGAGAGUGCCGGCGGUAGCUACUGCUAUCAUGCCGGCCGGAGGGUCCUGGUCAGCUACGACACGGUGGACAUGGCGAGACAAAAGGCCCAGUACAUCAAGGACCGCAAGCUCGGCGGCGGCAUGUGGUGGGAGAGCUCCGCCGACAAGGGAGGGGGAGAAAGCCUGAUUACGAACGUCGUCGACGUGUUUGGCGGGACGACUGCGCUGGAAUGGCGCGAGAACUGCAUCACAUAUCCGUUCACCAAGUAUGACAACCUGAGGGAGGGAUUCCCGAACAAUUAGGCAGGUGGACCGGGACGGGGACUUUUGGCUGGCUGGAUAAACAGAAAGCGUAGCUGUCCGCAUGGCCCCCCCACCACCCUUCCCAUUACACAGCCUGGAGCGACGACACCAGUGGUCGGGACGGCCCCGGUUGUCUUUGUAGUCAUCGCAUCCCAAAUUGCAUUUUCCUUGCCUGGUAGAGCCCGUGUAUGCCCACCUCUAGAAGGUACAUAAACGCCGAUUCGUGUUAUGAUCGUUGCUCAUUCCCGACUCCUUGCAAUUCCGUUCCCGCCCCGAGCUGCCCAGUCCGACCGUGCCGUCAAGGGAGUUUUAAGCGCUCUUCUCAAAGACGUAGGUCAGGUGGCAGCGGCCGCAGUACUGACGGUCCUGCAUGGCAGCCAUGAAGACACCGGCACCGCA